GGAAGUGUUCCAUAACGUCACCCAAUAUAGUAAAAUCUACAGUUCCAACACCUCCAGCACUGUUUGGGGUCGACCAGACUUCAGGCUCCCUCCCACAUAUGCUGCUUUUGUUAACGGUGUUGCUGUAAGAAAGUUUGUCAAUCUUUUCUUUAAUUAAAUCAUUACAGCUCCAGAGGCAGGAAGGAGAUCCCUGAGGUUUGGAAAUCUGAGGUUGCCUGCCCUUCCUCCUCAUUUUCCUGUCUCUAUAAUAAAGUGGUACUUUCCCCAACAAACUAUAAAGUAGAAGGGGAUCUCAAUUAAAAACACUCGUAAAGUAUUAUAAUUCUAGACAUAGCAAAAGAAAAGAAGUAGGAUGUGUAUUAUCCAAACAUAAUGUCUUUUUGAUUCCUUCUGUCGUGGCUCCCAGUGUCUAUUUAUCAUCAAUCGACAGGUGCUUAUUCAGAAAGAAAGAAUGAAAAAUUGGGGAAAAAUUAGAACUUUUCAUCUGAUAGAUAAUUUUCAUGUUGUAUCAGGGAAUGCCUACAAGUCUCUCUCUCUCUCUUUCUGUGUGUGUGUGUGUGUGUGUGUGUGUGUGUGUGUUUGUGUGUGACAGAGAGAGAGAGAAAGAGAGAAGGAAAGGAAGAGAGAGAGAGAGAGAGAGAGAGAGAGAGAGAGAGAGAAGAGAGAUGGGGGAGAGCAUGUUGGGAUUCAAGAGUCAUAAUAACUUGUUUGUGGGGACAUCCUCUCAGACUAAUGGAAGUAAAGCCACAGCAUAUCCUUCAGGUAAUAUAAAACCCAUUAGCCACAUUGGAUAGGCAUAAAAAUCUAUGUUUAAAUCAUUUUCUGAUUGUUACUAAUGUUUCACAUAUGGAAAAAAUAAAUGGCUUAGAUGAAAAAGGACAAAACCUUAGGACAUAAAAUAAUCAUUUUAAGAUACAGCUUAGUAGGUAAUGUAGGUUCGAGAGCUCUUUGCUGUUAUUGCAACUUUGAUAAAACUUUUAAAUUACUUCGUAACCGAUACACAGAAAAUAUUUGACCCAAAAUAUAAUAAACGAUAUUAAAUUUUUAGUAUGUCUUGUUUCAAAGUAAAGGAAGAAGGAAAGUACAGCCUUGCCAGGGAAAGUAUAGAUCUUCCCAGGAGCUCUGGUCUCAGCAUCCUCUAGAAAAUCACUAGCUACUCUCCAGGGCCCCGCUGUGAGGAGACAGAGGAGCCAAGGACAACUGUUGACCCAGCAUGAGAUUCACUCCAUGGAUUUUGAUGACACGUGGCACCCUGCCACCCACCCUUCCGGGGCUGUCCUACCUGUGCUCACAGCUUUAUCGGAAGCCCUGCCCCAGACGCCAAAGUUUUCUGGCCUCGACCUGCUGCUGGCGUUCAGCGUUGGUAUUGAAGUACAAGGACGAUUGUUGCACUUCUCCAAGGAGGCCAAGGACAUACCAAAGAGGUUCCAUCCUCCCUCUGUGGUGGGGACUCUGGGAAGUGCUGCUGCCACAUCCAAGUUUUUGGGGCUCAGCUUAACAAAGUGCCGUGAGGCCUUGGCUAUUGCUGUUUCCCAUGCCGGGGCGCCCAUAGCAAACGCUGCCACUCAGACUAAGCCCCUUCAUAUCGGCAAUGCAGCCAAGCAUGGGAUGGAAGCCACAUUUCUGGCAAUGCUGGGCCUCCAAGGAAACAAACAGAUCUUGGACCUGGGGUCAGGGUUUGGCGCCUUCUAUGCCAACUACUCCCCCAAAGACCUUCCAAGCCUGGAUUCUCACAUCUGGCUCCUAGACCAGCAGGAUGUGGCCUUUAAGAGCUUCCCGGCACAUCUGGCUACCCACUGGGUGGCAGACGCAGCCGCAGCUGUGAGAAAGCACCUCGUGACUUCAGAAAGAGCCCUGCUUCCUGCUGACCACAUCGAGAGAAUCGUGCUCAGGAUCCCUGAUGUCCAGUACGUAAACAGGCCCUUCCCGGACUCAGAGCAUGAAGCCCGUCAUUCCUUCCAGUAUGUGGCCUGUGCCACGCUGCUCGAUGGUAGCGUCACUGUCCCAUCCUUCUAUAGCCAGAAGGUCAACAGGCCUCAGGUGAAAGAGUUGCUCAAGAAGGUGGAGUUGGAACAUCCUCCCGACAACCUGCCAAGCUUCAACACGCUCUACUGUGAAAUAAGCAUCACUCUAAAGGAUGGAACCACUUUCACCGAGCGCUCUGACACCUUCUAUGGUCACUGGAGGAAACCACUGAGCCAGGAGGAUCUGCACAAGAAGUUCCGUGCCAAUGCCUCAAAGAUUCUAGGCGAGGACACAGUAGAAAGCCUUAUAACGGUAGUAGAAAAACUAGAAGACCUAGAAGACUGCGCCAUGCUAACCAGACUUCUGAAAGGACCCUCUGUCCAAGAGGAGGCUUCCAAACUAUCCAGCAUAUUCUCAUUCCAUCACACAAGUUUGCCCAAGUUUACCAAUAUCUAAACAAUGUUGCAAUGGAAUAGAUACAACGUUUUAGUUUACUGCUCCAUAUGCUCAGCCAUGAAUACAGCAAGGUGGAGAGUCCAGAAACAAGAGAUAAGUGUAUUUAGAAGGAGUCUUGUCCUAUAAGUUUGGUAGAACCAGUCCUACCACCUUCAAACAACGCAGGAUCUGAUGUGUAUUCACAAGGGUAAAGUCUAAGUCACCUGUUGCCUGCUUAUAAUCUUUUCUGAGGAAUUAUUUAUUAGCUCCGGGAACUUCAUAGAUGUAGAGGAAUGUGCAUGUGGCUGGCUGCAGAGGGAGCGAUCUUGGUCUACCCACCACUUAUCCAGAGAGGGUGGGUACUGCCCAACCCUCCUCUCUGCAAUGGCUGGUUUGAGGGAGUGGCAGGCACCUUGUCUUCUUCCACAUAUAGCCUUGAAUCCUUCUGCUUCCGCUUCUCUCCUGCAGAUAUAAGACAAUCUGAGCUGCAGCAGGGAAGGCUUAAGACCCAUAGUUUCACUCUUUCUAUGAGAUAGUCUGUUAACCUCAAAAAUUAUUUUGAGAAAAUUUGAGAACUUGGAGACAAUAAAAAAGAAAGGGGGAACAUUGCAAAUGUGUGGGUAAUGAAGAUAUUAACCACCAAGUACACAGAUAUCACAUUAGCAACUGUGCUGAAAUAUCUUCUGAAUUCCUGCCAUUCUCAAGAACAGAACAGGCUCUUAGUUCCAGAUAUUGCCUUGCAAGCGUUCACAGAGAAGUACGUUGAGUAACCAUUUGAGAACUCCAGCAGAGUGAGUUAGUUCUCAGUUCAUAGGGGUAAAAUGUAAUUAGAAAAGUGAUCAUCUGGGCUGGAGAGACAGCUCAGUGGUUAAGAGCACUGACUGCUCUUUCCAGAGGUCCUGAGUUCAAAUCCCAGCCAUCACGUGAUGGCUCAUAGCCAUGUGUAAUGGGGUCUGAUGCCCUCUUCUGGUGUGUCUGAAGACAGCUAUGGUGUACUCAUAAUAAAUAAAUUAAUUAAUUAAUUAAUCCUUACUUUAAAAAAAGUGAUAAUCCAAUGGAAGAAAAGGGGAAAAAAAGGCAGAAUAAUACAUACACAAGAAAAACAUAAUGUUUGGAAAUCACCAUAGAAAGUGAUAGAAUCUCA